GAGUCUCAGUCCUGGCGCCUCUCGUCCUGUCUCUGACCUUGGGCAAGUCACUUAUCCUCCGAACCUUCCUCUCCUCACCUGUAAAAUGGAGUGUCUGCGGACUACGCGAGGUAAUCUGUGUAAAGUCCCUGGCAGAGGCUAACCGCCCCAAAGGUGAUGACGAUGGCUCAGAGAGGGACGGUGACUUGCCUGGAGGUACACAGCACCCUCUCUCAUACUCGAUCCCUCAUGAUUUCAUUGGUUCAUCAGGCACCCGCUCCGUGGCCAACAGCACACUGGGGACCUCGGACAGACGCUGCUAUGGAAGCCAACCUGGGUGCCGCUGGCCGCGGGCCCCGCACGGAGCCGGACGAUGAAGACGACUACCCCCAGGGUGGCUGGGACACGGUCUUCCUGGUGGCCCUUCUGCUCCUGGGGCUGCCGGCCAAUGGGCUCAUGGCAUGGCUGGCCGGCUCACAGGCCCGGCAGGGAGCGGGCACGCGGCUCGCCCUGCUGCUGCUCAGCCUGGCCCUCUCUGAUUUUCUGUUCCUGGCGGCAGCGGCCUUCCAGAUCCUGGAGAUCCAGCACGGAGGCCACUGGCCGCUGGGGACGGCCGCCUGCCGCUUCUACUACUUCCUGUGGGGUGUGUCCUACUCCUCCGGCCUCUUCCUGCUGGCGGCCCUCAGCGUGGACCGCUGCCUGCUGGCCCUGUGCCCGCACUGGUACCCUGGGCGCCGCCCGGCCCGCCUGCCCCUCUGGGUCUGCGCCGGGGUCUGGGUGCUGGCCACGCUCUUCAGCGUGCCCUGGCUGGUCUUCCCCGAGGCCGCCGUCUGGUGGUACGACCUGGUCAUCUGCCUGGACUUCUGGGACGGCGAGGAGCUGCCGCUGAGGAUGCUCGAGAUCCUGGGGGGGUUCCUGCCUUUCCUCCUGCUUCUUGUCUGCCACGUGCUCACGCAGGCUGCUGCCUCCCGGACCUGCUGCCGCCGGCGGCCAAGGCCCACGGCCUGCCGGGGCUUCGCCCGUGUGGCCGAGGCCGUUCUGUCAGCCUACGUGGUCUUGCGGCUGCCCUACCACCUGGCGCAGCUGCUGUACCUGGCCUUCCUGUGGGACGUCUACCCCGGCUACCUGCUCUGGGAAGCGCUGGUCUACUCCGACUACCUGACCCUGCUCAACAGCUGCCUCAGUCCCUUCCUCUGCCUCCUGGCCAGCGCCGACCUCCGGGCCCUGCUGCGCGCCGUCCUCUCCUCCUUCGCGGCAGCUCUCUGUGAAGAACGGCCUGGAAGCUUCACGCCAGCGGAGCCACAGACCCAAGUGGACCCUGGGAGUCAGACUCUUCCUGGGCCAGUGGCUGGGGCCCAGCCCCAGGUGAACCCCAUAGCACAGCCACGGUCGGACGCUGUGUCCCAGCCUCGGGGGAACCCCGCGGCACAGCCACGGUCGGAUUCAGUGGCCCAGCCACAGGCAGAGCCCACAGCACAGCCACGGUCGGAUUCAGUGGCCCAGCCACAGGCAGAACCCACAGCACAGCCACGGUCGGAUUCGGCGGCCCAGCCACGGGCAGAUUCAGUGGCCCAGCCACAGGCAGAUUUUGUGAUGCAGCCUCAGCUGAACGCCUCAGUUCAGCCACAGGUGAACCUUGAGUCCCAGCCCCAUUUGGACUUUGUGGCCCAGCCACAAGUGAGCCCCGAGACCCCCGGACCUGCCUCCGGCCCAGCUCUCAGCCCCUGUGAUGAAGCGUCUUCUGCCCCAUCCGCAGAUCCCACCCCCGAAGCCCCUGAGAACCCAGCGGUGCCUGCUGACUCUGAGGGAGAAAGUCCCAGCAGCGUCCCCCCAGAGGAAGCCCCCGGAGCAGGCCCCACCUGAGGGUCUGGGAAAGCUCAGGCCCAUCAAGGCAGUGGAAGAGCCAGAGC